AAACCCUCUUCUCUACACUAGCAGUACUAUACUAGAGAUUCAGAUUAUAUAAACACAUCAAUGGACUUCACAUGAACCUACAUUGAAGGCUGAAGCUCUCUCUCUCUCUCUCUCUCUCUCUCUCAACAGUCCAUUCUUCCAUCCAAGUUAUAUAAAGUCUGCAAAUGGAACAAGGGAACCACUACAAGAAAGGUCUGUGGGCAGUGGAGGAAGACAAGAUUCUGAUAGAUUACAUAGGGGUGCAUGGGAAAGGGAGGUGGAAUCGCAUAGCUAAGGUGACAGGUUUGAAGAGAAGUGGAAAGAGUUGCAGGUUAAGAUGGAUGAAUUACCUUAGCCCCAAUGUGAAAAAAGGAGAUUUCUCAGAGGAAGAAGAUGACCUUAUCGUCAGACUCCAUAAUCUCCUUGGAAACAGGUGGUCACUAAUUGCGGGUCGGGUUCCGGGUCGAACAGACAACCAAGUGAAGAACCAUUGGAACAAUAAUUUGAGCAAGAAGCUGGGGAUCAAGAAGAAAAACAGCAACUUUAGAGUCUGCUCAGAAACAGAAGUCUCAAGAGAAUGUAGAGAGGAAGUGGAGACUCUCGGGCACCCAUCGGAUCAGAGUUUAAAGACCCGGAUUUGUGACAGUAGUGCCAAGGGAGACAUCAUAUACCAAGCCAAUGAAGGCUCUCAGGGGACUGUUGGCAGUGGGUCGGGUACACCUGAACCCGAGACAAGUGACUGUUUUGUGGGUUCCUUCUGGUUGUGUAAUGAUGAUUUAAACCAGAACAUUACCCCUACCCUUUCUGAACUUCUAGGUGGAUAUCCGUUAGAUAUGGAUUGGCCCGAAUUAUAACUUACAAUUUUCCCAAGCUUUGCUUAUGAUGAGGCAACAAGAAAGUUUUCCAUAAUACCGCGGAAAUGCUCACCACAUCAUCUUAGGGUUCACAAAUUCUUAUAGGAUUUAGUAUAUUCUCCUAAAUAUCCUUUCAAUAUCUUACAAUGUGCAUUUGAAGCCCUACACGGAUACGAGAUCGUAUGCUUUUUCUCCGAAACGAAAUACACUCUCUUGAAAACAGGAAGAGGGCGUUGCUCGAAGAACAAUAAGAGCUCAUUGUGUGGGCUGUCACCCUUCUUAUCCAUAUGGGACUGAUCCGCUGGAGAGACUAGAAGAAAUGAAAAAUUAGUCCAUCUACUCUUUGUAGUGUUUUAAUGCUUUGUUUUAUUUGUGCUGGUCAAUCCUAUGAUGUAUUAAGAGAUUUUGUUAUUGACACUCAAGUUAUUAAAUAAUUUGUAAUCUUAUUUUUUUGUCCUUCAA